CUCCGCCCGGGGAACGUUCGGUGGGCGCCGAGGGAGAGGCGCCUGGGUGUCUUUGCCCCCCGGGGGGGGGCUCUGCCUUUGUCUCCCCCCCCCCCCGCGGCUGCCCCUUUCGGUGUAACUGUAAAAGGAUGCGGGGGGGGGAGGGGUUCCCCUCUCACCCCAAAGAAGGGAUUUAGCCAUAACACCCUCCCCCCCUUAAAGUUUCCUGUGGGGGGGGGCGCUGGGGUUGUGGCCCCCGGGUGUUGCUAGGAGGAGGGGAGGGCGCCACAAGGCCUUGCGCCGAACAGGGGAAGCCGCUGCUGGUGGGCUGAGCCUGUUGCUUCUUUCUUGGGCUUUCGGGCGGGUGGCCGGCGUGCAGCGCCCGUGCAAGGCUGCCGCCGCGGGCCACGCUCGCCGGCUGGCCCUUGCUAGACCCGGGGCUGUCGGAAAGCGCGGGGGAGGAGCGGGGAGAACUGGGGAAAGAUGCUCUGCCGCGAAUGUUUACUCGGCUUGGCUCUUAAGGGCGCGUCCCUGGAGGCGGCGAAGGGAUACUGGUCACUGCUGCUCCAUCGCCGGCCUGGGCCAGGAGAGAUCCUGCUGUAAACAAAAAGCCACGUCUCCGCCGGGUAUUGCAAGUAGCUUCUGGCGUGGGCAUUUUGUAACCCCCCGAGCGGACCGGAGCCCCCCCCCCCCCCCUCCACCCAGCUCGCCUCGUGGGCUCUGCACGCACAAACCCUGUUUUUAUUUUGGUAUUUUGCAAACGGUCUUGUGUUACUCAGCUCUCCCCGCCUCCCCCAUGCCCCCUCAUUCAACAGGAUAAAGUCUGAGCUCCAGUUUAAGGGUGUCAAUGAACAUAUUGCACUCCUAAUUUCCUGGAGUAGACAGAAAGGGAAGUAUAUUAGCUGCCAUUUCCAAUUUUGGGAUAGAAACCGAGCAGUGGAAAACAUGCUGGAAGCAAUAGAUACACAUCGGGCCCUGCGGGCAGUGGAGCGCCUGCAGGCGAAACUGCGGGAACGAGGUGACUUAGCAAAUGAGGAGAAGUUGAGCUUGCUAAAAUCAGUGCUUCAGAGCCCUCUCUUCAACCAGAUCCUGAACCUUCAGACGUCUGUCCACCAGUUGAGAGAUCAGGUAAAUGUCGCACCAUCCAUACAUUCGGCUGGCGAGUUCCCACAGCUUCCCCAUCAUGGUGCUAGUGUGGAUUCCCUACCACAUAACGAAUCCUAUUUAUUGGCUCAGCAGAAUGGCAGCCCUGCUAAUGUGCUAGAAGCAUCUGUGAGAUCUGUUACUCCUCAGAUUAAUGGGAAAUCCUCCAGCUCCAGUGAUGAAUUGGAGCAGCUAAUCAGAAAUAUGUCACAGGGUCGCCUCGUUGAGACCUUAGAGCUGGUUAAACCUCCAAGUGGUGGGCUGGGCUUUAGUGUUGUGGGAUUGAAGAGUGAAAACAGAGGGGAACUGGGAAUAUUUGUGCAGGAGAUCCAAGAAGGAAGCGUGGCAUAUAGAGACGGAAGGCUGAAGGAAGCAGAUCAAAUCCUUGCUAUUAAUGGACAAGCCCUUGAUCAGACAGUUACUCAUCAACAGGCUAUCAGCAUCCUGCAGAAGGCAAAAGAUAAUGUCCAGCUAGUUGUGGCCAGGGGUUCCUUGCCUCAGCUGAUCAGUCCUGUAGUUUCUCGAUCUCCAUCUGCUGCUAGCACAGUCUCUGCCCAUUCCAACCCGGUCCACUGGCAGCAUGUGGAGACCAUUGAGUUGGUGAAUGAUGGAUCAGGUUUGGGAUUUGGGAUAGUGGGAGGAAAGUCAGCUGGAGUGAUAGUUAAAACCAUCCUCCCAGGAGGAGUAGCUGAUCAGCAUGGAAGGUUAUGCAGUGGAGACCACAUCCUGAAAAUUGGCGAUACAGACCUGGCUGGAAUGAGCAGUGAACAAGUGGCACAAGUUCUGAGACAGUGUGGAAAUCGAGUGAAGUUGGUCAUUGCAAGAGGUCCCGUAGAGGAACCACCUCCACCAGCCGUCCCUCCAUCUACCCCCGUACCAACUUCCAUACCAGAGAAACGGGCAGAGACUUCUUUUGAUAUUGAUGAAGAUGGAGAGAAAUUUGAUGUAGAACUCACUAAAAACCUCCAAGGAUUAGGAAUAACUAUUGCUGGUUACAUUGGAGACAAAUCCUCAGAACCUUCUGGUAUUUUUGUGAAAAGCAUUACAAAAGGCAGUGCUGUUGAACAUGAUGGUAGAAUCCAUAUUGGAGAUCAAAUUAUAGCGGUGGAUGGAACAAAUCUUCAGGGUUUUACUAACCAACAAGCUGUAGAGGUUUUGCGGCACACAGGACAAACGGUUCGACUCACUUUGAUCAGAAGAGGGCUUAAGCAGGAAAAUCACAUUCAGCCCCAUGAGGACUUCACUGCUGCUGUUGAAAAGGACUUAAUUUUCCAAACUAUGGAUAAUGGCACAGCCAAAGAACAGUGUGAAAGAGAGCAGGGAUCUCCACCACUGCCGUGCAGUGCUGGUGUGGUACACAUUGGAGAGGACAGUAAACAGCAAGAAUCAGGUUUCCAGCUAACUUCCACAGGAGAAGCAGUAUUGCAGAAUAAAUGGCAGAGGAUUAUGGGUACAAAUUAUGAGAUAGUGGUGGCUGAAGUUAACAAAUUUAGUGAAAGCAGCGGGUUAGGGAUAAGCUUGGAAGCUGCCGUGGGACAUCAUUUCAUCCGAUCUGUUUUACCAGAAGGGCCAGUUGGACGAUGUGGCAAGCUGUUCAGUGGAGAUGAACUCCUGGAAGUGAAUGAAAUAUCUUUGCUUGGGGAAAAUCACAAGGAUGUGGUAAAUAUUUUAAAAGAGCUGCCUAUCAAGGUGACAAUGGUCUGCUGCCGUCCCAUCGCUCCCCCCGUCAGUCAGUCAGAGUUGGACAAUCUGACCCUCUCGGAGGUUCAGCUCACAGAAAAGUCUCAUGUAGACCUUGAUGAAGUCAUUGGCUCCUCAGAGACAGAGGGUACUGGCUUGGAAAUGGCUGAUGUAGGUCAGAAUAUCGACGAGGUGCAAGGAUCUCCUUUGGCAAUGUGGGAAACAGAAAUACAACAUGUUGAGCUGGAGAAAGGGAGCAUGGGACUUGGCUUUAGCAUAUUAGACUACCAGGACCCAGUGGACCCGGCAAACACAGUAAUUGUAAUCCGCUCAUUGGUUCCUGGUGGUGUUGCUGAACAAGAUGGCAGACUUCUUCCUGGAGAUCGGCUGAUGUUUGUCAAUGAUAUCAACUUGGAAAAUGGCAACCUGGAGGAAGCUGUACAAGCACUGAAAGGAGCACCAGUAGGAACAGUUAGAAUAGGAGUUGCCAAACCACUGCCUCUUUCACCAGAAGAGGGUUAUGUUUCUGCUAAGGAAGAUUCCUUUUUCUACACUGCCCAGUCACUUGAGGAGGAAGGGCCAGUUGAUGCAGCCCUCUUCCGUGCUGAGCUGGCUCUGGUGGACUCAAGUGAGGCAGACCUAGCGGAUGAAUCCACCUUUGAAUCACAGUAUACUUCAGACAAUGAUGACACCUUCCAGGCUUCUGUGUUAGCUCUGCACGGCAGUAGCUGUAGUGAUGGUCUGAACUAUAGCCUCUCUCUUCCAUCAUCAACUCCCAAGGGUGUUGGUGAAGAUUCCUCAAAUGCCUCAACUGAUUUCCAACCAUCCAACAAGAAUCUAUACAACGUGGAUCUAAUCCAGGGAGUGGGAGAGAACCAAUCCUUAGAGGACACGAGCAUGAUACCUGCUGGUGGUGUUUCCAAAAAGGGUCCUCUGCCUUCAGAUGUUUCUGAGAAACAUGCUGAAUAUGAAAACAUAGCUGCUUGGAUGGAACCUCAGGUGUCAGCCGAAGUUGCACAAAAUACAAACUCUGCUAUCACAGCGCACCCUGACCUUACUGGAAAAGAUGCAGUGUAUUUAAUGGAAAAGAGCUACCUGACAUCUACUACUGAGGGAAGUUCCACAAUCCAAAAUACACCCAAAAACAUGCAUGAGAAGACUAUCACUAUUGCAAAAGGCAAUUCAAGUCUAGGUAUGACCGUAAGUUCCAAUAAAGACGGCUCGGGAAUGAUAGUCCGCAGCAUCAUCCAUGGCGGUUCCAUAAGUCGUGAUGGACGAAUCGGUGUGGGGGAUUGUAUUCUAUCCAUUAAUGAAGAGACAACCACUAAUUUAACCAAUGCACAGGCCCGGGCUAUGCUGAGGAGACAUUCACUCAUUGGAUCUGAUAUAAAAUCUUCUCCAGCACCUGCUGAUGAUCAGGCCCCCUUUUAUGUGAUUAUAUAUGUGCCAGCAGAACAUUUGGAAGAGUAUAAAGCCAGUUUGGGACAACAACCAGAAGACACAAUACCACUCAAUCUCUUUUCUGCACACACUGUAAGCAGAGAAAUUCCAGAACUACCUGAACGUGAAGAGGGGGAGGGAGAAGAAAGCGAACUUCAGAAUGCAGCUUACAGUCACUGGAACCAGCCCAGACGGGUUGAGCUUUGGAGAGAACCUAGCAAGUCAUUGGGAAUCAGCAUCGUCGGUGGACGAGGGAUGGGGAGUCGGCUGAGCAAUGGUGAAGUGAUGAGGGGAAUCUUUAUCAAACACAUUCUGGAAGACAGCCCCGCUGGCAAAAAUGGAACUUUAAAAACUGGAGAUAGAAUAGUGGAGGCAUCCAGUCAGUCAGAUUCAGAGCCAGGAAAGACUUCAUUUAGUAACUUGCCUCUGCCCCCUCCUUCAGCAUUUUCAGGAAUGAGCUGUGAAAUUGCACAAUCAUCUUCCAGCAAAAUGGAAGAGGAUGUGGAAGAUGAUGAUGAGUUUGGUUACAGCUGGAAAAAGAUCACACAGCGUUAUGGAAAUCUACCAGGGGACCUGCACAUGAUAGAGCUGGAAAAAGGAAGGACUGGUUUGGGACUUAGCCUUGCUGGCAACAAGGAUCGGUCCAGGAUGAGUGUCUUCAUAGUGGGAAUUGAUCCAAAUGGGGCAGCUGGAAAAGAUGGCAGGUUACAGAUUGCAGAUGAGUUACUAGAGAUCAAUGGACAAAUUCUCUAUGGAAGAACUCAUCAGAAUGCUUCCUCGAUAAUCAAAUGUGCACCAUCUAAAGUAAAAAUCAUCUUUAUCAGAAAUAAAGAUGCAGUGAAUCAGAUGGCCGUUUGCCCUGGGAAAUCAGUAGAAUCUUUACCUUCCCCUACAGGGACUCCUCAAAAUCAAGAGGGUGAACCAAGUGCUACAAGUCCUGUUACGGCAAUAGACUUCAAUAUAUAUACAAAUAUUCAGCAUGUGGAACUCCCCAAGGAUCAAGGGGGACUGGGUAUUGCCAUCAGUGAAGAAGACACACUUAAUGGAGUGGUUAUUAAAAGCUUAACAGAUCAUGGUGCAGCAGCAAAGGAUGGACGGAUCAGAGUUGGAGAUCAGGUCCUUGCAGUGGAUGAUGAAGUUGUUGUGGGCUAUCCUAUAGAAAAGUUUAUCAGUCUGCUGAAGACAUCAAAGACCACAGUGAAGCUCACAAUCAACUCAAUUGAACACGAUAGUCAAACAUCUCUUCAAACAUCAACACCACCACUUUGCAGUGCUAACACAGGCGAGCGGAAGAACAUCCAACAGUCGCUGAUGAUUCCGUCUUCUGGAUCACCAGAACCAGAGACAAUUAAAAAUACAAGCAGGUCCUCAACUCCAGCCACAUUAGCCUCUGACCCAGCUACUUGUCCCAUCAUCCCAGGAUGUGAAACAACCAUUGAUAUCUCCAAGGGACGCACUGGACUUGGACUGAGCAUUGUUGGGGGAGCAGACACCUUACUGGGAGCUAUUAUUAUCCAUGAAGUAUAUGAAGAAGGAGCAGCAUCCAAAGAUGGAAGGCUCUGGGCGGGAGAUCAGAUUUUAGAGGUGAAUGGAAUUGAUCUCAGGAAUGCCACGCAUGAUGAAGCAAUAAGUGUUCUCAGACAGACACCCCAAAAAGUCCGUCUCACUGUCUACAGGGAUGAGGCCCAGUACAAGGAGGAAGAUAUGUAUGACGUACUGAAUAUAGAGCUUCAAAAGAAGCCAGGCAAAGGCCUUGGAUUAAGUAUUGUUGGGAAAAGAAAUGAUACGGGGGUGUUUGUGUCAGACAUUGUCAAAGGAGGAAUAGCAGAUACAGAUGGGAGACUGAUGCAGGGAGACCAGAUAUUAACAGUAAAUGGAGAAGAUGUUCGAAAUGCUAACCAGGAGGCUGUUGCUGCUUUGUUAAAGUGUUCAUUAGGUAUUGUAAGACUAGAAGUUGGAAGAAUAAAAGCAGGUCCAUUCCAUUCUGAGAGGAGAACAUCCCAAAGCAGCCAGGUGAGUGAAGGAAGUGGCAGCCUGUCAUCAUUCAGUUUCCCACCUUCUGGUUCCAACCCAUCUGAGGGCUUUGAAAGUGGUCUUAAGAAGAAUGCGCUAUCAUCUGAAAUACAAGGAUUAAGAACGGUUGAAAUAAAAAAGGGUCCUGCAGAUUCCCUAGGAGUGAGCAUUGCUGGAGGAGUAGGAAGUCCCCUGGGAGAUGUUCCCAUAUUUAUUGCCAUGAUGCACCCAAAUGGAGUUGCAGCUCAAACUCAGAAACUCAGAGUUGGGGAUAGGAUUGUUAAUAUUUGUGGAACAUCCACUGAGGGCAUGACACACUCCCAAGCUGUCAGCCUACUGAAAAAUGCUUCAGGCACUGUUGAACUGCAGGUGGUGGCCGGAGGGGAUGUAAGUGUCGUAACUGGUCAGCAACAGGAUCCACCAGCUUCCAGCCUUUCAUUUGCAGCACUAACCUCAAGCAGCAUCUUUCAGGAUGAUUUAGGGCCCCCUCAGUAUAAGACCAUUACUCUAGAUCGAGGACAGGAUGGUCUAGGCUUUAGUAUUGUGGGAGGAUAUGGCAGUCCUCAUGGAGAUUUACCCAUCUACGUUAAGACAGUAUUUGCAAAGGGUGCAGCAGCAGAGGACGGACGGCUGAAAAGAGGGGAUCAAAUCAUUGCUGUCAAUGGGCAGAGCUUAGAAGGGGUGACCCAUGAAGAAGCAGUUGCUCUUCUAAAAAGGACAAAAGGGACUGUCACUCUGACUGUUCUCUCAUGAAUUGGCUGUCCAAAGAAUAGGAUCAACAAGAUCCCAUUAUCUACAUUCCACAUAGCAAAGUUUAUGUAGCCAUCUUACUAUUCCAGCUUGACCAGACUGUUACAUCACUGAAGAAAAAAAUAACAAUUGUAUUUUUGAACACAAUAGAAGUAUUUGUCCUACUGUCGAAUCACUGGGAUGGGCUUAUGUAGUCUCUGGCAAAGACUUAAGGUUUUUUAUUAAUGAAUACAGUGAUCCACCAGAACAUGAAAGUUUACAUUAGUAACCGCAUUGCAAAACUGGAAUGUUUUGCAAAGAGGCUUUGAAUAUUUGAGAUAGGUGUGGGAGGGAGAAUGUGUGCACUAAACAGUCAAGGGGGAAGGAGAUAACUAAGAAUAUUUAAAAAGCAGAAAUAAAGUCACAGGAGGAACAACAGUUGAACAAAAGAAGAUAGAUGGAAAAAUUAGUUAGAAAGUCAGUGCUGCUAAUUCCAUGCUCCAGAAGCAAAAUAAUGGAGAGGUAGGGUUGGUUUUUUUUGGUGCUCGGGGGUUGAAAAAUCCACUUGCAGGAAACUUUCCCUGGUGAAUGAGGGAGCCCUACUGCACCUGCAAUAUCACAAGGAUUUAGGCUUCUCUUUUAAAGUAGUGAAGUUCCUAAGCUUGGUGGGUGUGAAGAUAAUGUUCCCGAUGUGAACAGUAAAAUGAACACUGUCCUCUUCCUAAGUUUGCAGAAUGGCAGCUCCAGUGUCACUGCUGCUCAGAGCUUCUUGAAGCAACAGCACAAAUUAACCACUCUGUCUAGCUACCGUGUCACUAGUCAGAGCCCAGUGGAAACAGGUGUGGAGUCAAUUUCAUGCUGCUGCUAUUGCUCUAAGCCAGUGGUGGACAACCUGCGGCCCACAGGCCACAUGCAGCCCAUCACAGUAAUCUGAUUGCAGGCCGUGAGACAUUUUGCUGACGUUGACCAUCCCCAGGCAUGGGGCCCCGCAGCUCCCAGUGGGCGGGAAAGGCAAACUGUGACUGCUACUGGGAGUUGCGGGGAGCCAUGCCUGCGGAUGGUCAAUGCCAGUAAAAUGUCUCGUGGCCCACAAUCAGAUUACCCUGAUGGGCCACAUGUGGCUCACCACUGCUCUAAGCAGAUACUGAAGACAUUCAGCGUGGAGGAGGACCCAAAAGAAGGGAUAGAGGAGGGGUAGAGUAAUAAAGACCCCCCCAGUAGAGAGGAGUCCAAAAGUAGGGCAAAUGAUAGAGGUUCCUCUUCAUCUUCACCCUAGUCAGAAAGCAUGCAGGAGGGGAAAGGAUGGGCAGAGAAAGAAGUCCCUUAGUCAUUCCAGCUGCUGGAAGGAGUUCUAAAUUAUUGAACACUUAAAAGCCAGACACUGAUAUGUAAGAUGGAGCCCUGUAAAGAUCUAGGAACAAUGCUCCUGGCUUCUCACUAUAAAGUGUUGUCCCUGGACCUUACUUGUGGAUUCCCUAACGGUCAGUUUCCCCACUUUUGCCUCAUAUGUAUCUGCUUGGUCAAGCCCCAUCUGUGAUUGAACCUUGUCACUAAAUACAAUAUGUCUUUAAAACCUUUAGAGAGGAAGAAAUGUCAAAGGUCAUGUGAGCACUGGUGUUCCUUUAGUCUAGGGUGCUGCCCACAGUGUACAUUCAUGUAGCUGCAAGAUUGCAUAUUGACCAGCAAACACCUAUAGCAGCUGGAGCACCAUGUCAGUUGUUUAUAAUAUUUAAUUAUUGAGUUCUAAAGCGGGAGCACAUUCAAACUGUGUUAGAGAAAUAUGCAAUUUUACUGAGUGAAAAACAGCAGGGUUAGGAGUGUUUGAGAGCUACUACUUGUGAAUUGAUAGCUAAAUAUAAGUGGAUUAACUAAAAAAAUCCCUCUUUUUCAAUAAUUAUUUGAGAUGUUACAAUACAAUAGGCUAAGAAAAACAGAUGGUGCCAGUACUUGAGGCAACUGGUGAUGCAUUAUUAGCCUGUACUCAUUCCAGUGUAGUGUGUGAAAUGCCUAAGUUAGAGUAUGUAAAGUCUCUUCAGAUAUUAUCUAUAUUUGUAACAGAAGUAGUGUACAGAUAUUUUAUUAUUGCCUUUGUGUCUAAAUGCAGGAUUCAAGAAAAUAAAUAUGAAGCUGUAAGUGGUGAAUUAAUAAAGUUACAGGUGUAUUUGUG